CCGACAGCCCCUGAACGCAGCAGUAGGCUGACUGGCUCUGUGAAGAUGGCGGACUGUAUACGUGUUCCUCUGCUCCUGCUUUUGAUGUGCAUCUUGUCGUUUGUGCAUUCAACUCGAGGAGAAAACAAUGUUGUCGCCAAACUUGCUCCUGAAAACCUACCAAAUCCAGCCGGAGUUCUGGGGCCCGCUGCGGGGAACCCGGGAGCCGCUGAGAAGAAGGAGGGCGCUGGGGCCUCGCUAUCGCGGAGGCGCUCUGCCGGCUUCAAGUUGUCUGAGGAGGCGGUGUGCAGGGAGGACCUGACCCGGCUUUGCCCCAAACAUUCCUGGAACAACAACCUGGCGGUACUGGAGUGUCUCCAGGACAGGAAAGAGGAAACGGAAAUCGCUGCUGAAUGCAACCAUCUUCUGUGGAACUACAAGCUGAACCUGACCACUGACCCAAAGUUUGAAUCUGUUGCAGUGGAGGUCUGCAAGACAACCAUUUCUGAGAUAAAAGAAUGUGCAGCGGAGGAGCUGGGGAAAGGUUAUCUCGUAUCCUGUCUUGUGGAUCACCGUGGCAACAUCACUGACUACCAGUGCAACCAAUACAUCACAAAGAUGACCAGUAUCGUUUUCAGCGACUUCAGGCUCAUCUGUGGCUUCAUGGAUAAGUGUCGCGAUGACAUCAACGCUCUGCACUGCGGUAGCAUCAGCACUGGAGAGAAGGACAUCCACUCACAGGGUGAGGUGAUUGCCUGUCUGGAAAAAGGUUUAGUGCGCGAGGCUGAGGAGCAACCAGGGGCACAUGCCAUCAAGGACGACUGUAAAAAGGCCAUCAUGAGAGUUGCUGAGCUCUCCUCUGAUGACUUUCACCUCGACCGCUACCUUUACUUUUCCUGCAGAGAGGACCGAGAACGCUUCUGUGAACACACAUUGGCUGGGGAGGGAAGAGUUUACAAAUGUCUCUUUAAUCACAAAUUUGAGGAAGCCAUGUCUGAGAGGUGCCGUGAGGCGCUGACCACCAGGCAGAAGCUGAUCGCUCAGGACUACAAGGUGAGCUACUCACUUGCUAAAGCUUGCAAGUCAGACCUGAGGAAGCACCGCUGCAGUGUGGACACCAGUAUGCCCAGAGCCCGAGAAGCUCGUCUGUCUUACCUCCUGCUGUGUCUGGAGUCGGCUGUACAUCGAGGUCGUGUGGUCAGCGGUGAGUGUCAGGGUGAGAUGAUGGAUUACAGACGGAUGCUGAUGGAGGAUUUCUCUCUGAGUCCUGAGAUUGUGCUGCACUGUCGCAGUGAGAUUGAGACUCACUGCUCCGGUCUGCACCGCAAAGGGCGAACUCUGCACUGCCUUAUGAGGGUCGGUCGGGGAGACGAGGGAGCCAUUGAGCCCAACUGUCAGAAGGCACUCCAGACACUGAUCCAGGAAGCAGACCCAGGAGCUGACUAUCGCAUCGAUCGGGCGCUUAACGAGGCCUGCGAGUCUGUCAUUCAGACAGCAUGCAAACACAUCCGCAACGGAGACCCUAUGAUCCUGUCAUGUCUGAUGGAACAUCUGUACACUGAGAAGAUGGUGGAAGACUGUGAACAAAGACUGUUGGAGCUGCAAUACUUCAUCGCCAGAGACUGGAAGUUGGAUCCAAUCCUGUAUAGGAAAUGUCAGGGUGAUGCGUCCCGACUCUGCCACACUCACGGCUGGAACGAGACCAGUGAGAUGAUGCCACCUGGUGCCAUUUUCUCCUGCCUGUACCGCCACGCCUAUCGCUCUGUGGAGCAAGGACGGAGGCUGUCCCGGGACUGUAAAGUAGAGGUGCACAGGAUCCUGCAUCAGAGGGCACUGGAUGUGAAGCUGGACCCUGAAUUGCAGAGACGCUGUAUGACUGACCUGGGAAAGUGGUGCAGUGAAAAAACAGAGGCUGGUCAGGAGCUUGAGUGUCUGCAGGACCAUCUGGAGGAUCUUGUGCCUGACUGCAGAGAUGUCGUGGGAAACCUGACAGAGCUGGAGUCAGAGGAUAUUCAGAUCGAGGCGCUGCUGAUACGAGCAUGUGAACCAAUCAUUCAGACAUACUGCCAUGAGGUAGCUGAUAAUCAGAUCGACACUGGUGAUCUGAUGGAGUGUUUGGUUCAGAACAAACACCAGAAGGAGAUGAAUGAGAAGUGUGCAGUGGGAGUAACACACUUCCAGCUGAUUCAGAUCAAAGAUUUCCGAUUCUCCUACAAGUUUAAGACCGCCUGCAAGGAAGAUGUCCUCAAACUGUGUCCCAACAUCAAGAAGAAGGUGGAUGUUGUGAUUUGCCUCAGCACCACGGUGAGGAACGACACCCUGCAGGAUGGCAAGGAACAGAGAGUGUCCCUCAAAUGUCGUAAGCAGCUGCGGGUGGAGGAAGUAGAGAUGUCAGAGGACAUCCGUCUAGAACCAGAGCUGUACGACUCCUGCAAGCAGGACAUCAACAGGCUAUGUCAGAAUGUGGCCUUCGGCAAUGCACAGGUUAUUGAAUGUCUCAAAGAAAACAAGCGUCAGCUGACCCAGCGUUGCCACCAGAGGAUUUUUAAGCUGCAGGAGGUGGAGAUGGUUGAUUCUGAGCUGGACUACCAGCUGAUGAGAGUCUGCAAGAACAUGAUCAGGCGGUUCUGCACGGAAACGGACGGAAAGACCUUUCUUCAGUGUCUGAAACAGAACAAGAACAGUGAGCUGAUGGAUCCUAAAUGCAAACAGAUGAUCACCAAGAGACAGAUGACCCAGAACACAGACUACCGGUUGAACCCAGUGCUGAAGAAGGCCUGCAGAGCUGACAUCCCAAAAUUCUGUCAGUCUAUCCUGAGCAAGGCGACUGCUGACAGUGAGCUGGAGGGUCAGGUCAUCUCCUGCCUCAAACUCAAAUACGCUGACCAGCGUUUGUCUCCUGACUGUGAGGAUCAGAUUCGGGUCAUCCUACAAGAGUCAGCCCUUGACUACAGACUGGACCCUCAGCUGCAGAUCCACUGCACUCAAGAGAUCUCAAGGCUUUGUUCAGAGGAGGCAGCUGCUCAAGAGCAGACAGGACAGGUAGAGGAGUGUCUAAAGGUCAACCUGCUCAAGAUCAAACAAGAAGGAUGUAAGAAGGAAGUGUUAAACAUGCUGAAAGAGAGUAAGGCAGACAUUUAUGUCGACCCCGUCCUUCACACAGCCUGUGCUCUGGACAUCAAACACCACUGUGCUGCCAUUCCUCCUGGCAAAGGCCGCCAGAUGUCAUGUCUGAUGGAGGCGCUGCAGGACAAACGUGUUCGCCUGCAGCCAGAGUGCAAGAAGAGGCUUCAGGAUCGCAUCGACAUGUGGAGCUACGCUGCCAAGGUGGCUCCUGCUGAGGGCUUCUCGGACCUGGCCAUGCAGGUGAUGACAUCCCCAUCCAAGAACUACAUCCUGACUGUAAUUAGUGCUGGUGUGGCACUGCUCUUCCUGAUGGGGCUGCUGUGCGGCAGAUUCACCAAGCGAGUCACUCAGGAGCUGAAGGACAGGUAGACCCCGCCCACUCUGGAAUCAGGACAUGUCCACAAAAGAAACAACCACCCCUGAAAAGGACCUCUUCAUCAUUUACCCUGACGUACUCUCCCACCUUACCCCCUCAAAAGUCCACCGGACAAUCUAAACCACUUUAGUUUUUGUCACCCCAUUUCAUUUGUCCUCCCUCCUUUCACCCUCUCUCACAUCACUUUUGGGGUGAACACCCAUAAUCCCACAGAAGGAAGUGGGCAUGAUCAGUGACUCCCACGCCCACUGCUGCAUCGUCUUCACCUUUUUUUCCUUUUCCUCCUGAGCUACAGAGCAGUGGCAUCCUGCAGUUGAACGACAGUCACCCGAUGUAGAUGCAGUAUUACUCUGAUUUUUUUUUUUUUGUCCUUUUUUUGCCUCCUCCUUUGCUGUGGGGUACGGGUGUGGAAAGGGUGGGGGUUGUGAUGAUCAGAGGUGAGGGUUUUCGGGCAAAGGUGGUGAAUGAAAUUAUACUGAGUGUAAAUGUGUAGAAAAUGGGAUGGAGAAAAUGCUCAUGUAUAGAGCAGUUUAAUGGCUCCCAUAUUUUAAUGACAAAAGUGUGUGUGAUGAUAUGAAAGUGUGUGUGUGUUAGCGAGCGUGUGCGACCCGAACUGUCUUUCUACCACCAUAUUCUUCUUGUUUGUCUUUCUGCAAAAUAUUUUUGAGGGUUGUGUUGCUCUUUUUUGCUGUUAUGUGUUGACUUUAUCGCCAUGGGACUGCCAGGCGGGCGGUGCCAACCAGCCAGUCCUCAACCGAGCCACAGAUGAAAAGAGGCGAAGGGGAACCACACUACACGCACUCCAGGUCGAAGCUCUUCUCACAAUGAAAAUUAUUUGUGGAUAUUAUUUUUGAUUUUUUUUUUUUGUUUGAAGCCGAAUAUGCUGCAUCCUCAGCUCGUCUCUAAUGCAGUCUAAUUGAUAAUUACUAUUUUUGCUUCCUACCCAACCUGUGCCAUAAAUGCACUAUGUCCAUCGGCUGCUCCCAGUUGAGCUGCUCUCGCUUUUCUAGCCGUUGGUGGGACAUUUGCUCUACAUCGUACUCGCCUCCCGGAAUCACUGGCUGGUUUCCACCACACCGUGAUCCCAGUCUGAGCAGCCAGACUGGGUAAAGUGGCUUUUUAAAAAAAAAAAAAAUUCUCCUCUCUGUACAAACUCAGAGUGGCUAUUGCAAUUGCGCUGGUUGGUAUGGAAAAGCUGAGAGCAAUGCAGGAAAAAAAACAGAAUAAUGAAAGAAAUGAUUCUAGAUUAUUAUAGAGAUGUGAACAUUUUGUGUAAAGAUGAUACUGGAAUCAUUGCACAUUUUUUGUUCUUUUUUAUAUCUAUAAAUAUAUAUAUAUAUAUAUUUUGUUUUUUCAUAGCCUUAUUUAUUUGUUUACUAAUGGUUAAAGUUUUUUUUUUUUUUUCUCCUCUAUGAUUUGAAUGUCCUCUGGUUGCCUUUUCUCCAGCAGGAGUGCUUCCCUCCGGCAGGGGGAGGAGAGGGAGAGAACAGGCAGCAAAGUCCUCCAGACAUCAAUCUGCUGUGGCGGCUGGCUGAUUUGUCUUGUAGUGCUGUAAACACCUCUCUGCCACUAAGACGGAGUUAGAUUUCUCUGGUGAUAUUGGGAGAGCAGUAUAUUGGGAGAGCAGUUCAUUCACAGGGUUGUUUGUGUGCUCCAGGUCAGAAAAUUAAUUAAAUCUGAGUAAAAUAGAGGAGGCUUCCUUGAGGACUCUGUCUGCUGUGAUAGUAAGCUAAUUAUAUUUGGACUAUUGGUCAGAUAAGACAAGAUAUUUGAUUACAUUUAUUCCUGAUUUUUUUUUCUACAGUUUGUGAAAUUUUACUGACCAAACAAUGAAUCAAGAAAGAUAUUUGAGAUUACUAGUUGCAAUUCUAAAUGGAAGUCCACCAUCAUCACUGCUUUUCCUGCUGGGACAAAUGAAAACUACAUUACUGAAUGGAACAGUUAAACUCUUGUUUCAUGUUACUGGAUCUAGUUUUUCUCAUGCUGAUCCUGCAGGUCAAUGCCAGGCGAGGAAUGCAAUUGGGGUGAUGAUUUAAUUGUGCGUCACAGCCUCGUCAUCAAGCUUUUUGGUCUUGGUUUAAAGACAAAAAAAAAAAUCCUGCUUAAGAAGUUGUUGGUGCGUCAGAGUAAAGCAUUAAGUGAGGAUCUCUCCUCUCCCAGCUCGACCAGGUCUUGUGUACAUGUGUACUAUACUGAGUGAUGACAUACUGUAAACUACGUACCGUGCAGUUAGCCUGUACCGUUUCUGUUUCUUCUAAUUGUUGAAGUUUGGUGUGGUGAGCGCUGCCAUUCCUGCUUGUAAAUGAGACGUUCUGAUUCAUUGAACUGCCUUCACUUUUUUUUCCAUCUAAUGUUGGUUUUUAUCAAAAGCGUGCCUAAUCACCGUCCCGCCAUGGGAUCCCACUGUACAGAACAUCCCAGAACCCCCUGCGGCCCCAAGCAGAGGAGCACGUGGGCAUAUUAGUGCGUCUGACUGUGUGAUGGAUGACGUGUGCCUGCGUUUGUGUGUGUUGCCCACAGAUUUCAGACUCCACAGGAAGCUGUGUGAUCUCUAGUCGGUUCCUUGCUGUUGUCUAGAGCAACGAUGACUGGAACGUUUGAUUUUAAGUUUGUGACAAUUAAGAUUUUUUUUUUUUGUAAAACUUUUUUUUUUUUUCUGUCUGAAUCCAUGGAGUUCCUGAUUGUCUGAAUUAUUUUCCUUGUCCACUUUUCUUUUUGGUUUCUUUUUGUUGUUCUGUACAGAUGAAAAUUGGACAGUUUGUUAAUAAUAAUAAAGACGCAAGGUUUCUA